CACACACACACACACACCCGUAUAUAGCCCCCCCUAUAUAGCCCCCUGCCAUCCCAGUGCCUCGUGACGUAAGAGGCAUCUUUAAAAGAUGCUGGAUAACGGAGCGGAGCGCACUUUACGCAACAGGCGUCGCCAGGCGUCUCCGCUGAGAGCACGGAUGUACAAUGAGUCCAAAAGUAGUGACUCGGGGAUGACAGACCCUCCUCCACAGGAAGAUAAACAGCGGGAACACGACGAGUAGAGUCUUGUGCAAACCGGAGUGAAUAGUAAGAGUCUUGUGUUUAAGGCGAGAAGAGGAGCUGGUGCGCUCACUUGAAUUUGGAGAAACGGAGGAGACUCGCAAUGCGUAACAGGUGGCUCUUUACCUUGGUGUGUGUUCACCUCUGUGUCAGUGUCAGCUCCACAGGGUCGAGGUAACAGCCACAUGCUCUCAGCGCCAGUGGAGGAAUGCGCGUUUUGAGCGCAGCCAUCGCACAGGUCGCGCGUCCCGCGCAGGAUGGACAAAGACUUGGGAGGGAGGCUGCUGUUCAGAAACUUUGCCGGUGAGCAAUGUGACCGAGUUUGAUCACCAGACCGGCUCCAGGGUCAAGACGAGCUCCGAUGAAUUGACUGCAGGAUGUUUUCCAGUCAGGCUGGUCUGAAUCACAGCUUCAACCUGAGCGAUGGCCAGGGGCUGGUGGACGCGCCGGCGGCCAGGCACAGCCUCUCCCCGGCGGGCUUCGUAGUCCUGUCCGUGGUGCUGGGCUUCAUCAUGACUUUUGGCUUCCUCAACAACUUCGUGGUGCUGCUCCUCUUCUGCAAAUUCAAGAAGCUGCGGACGCCCGUCAACAUGCUGCUGCUGAACAUCAGCGUCAGCGACAUGCUGGUGUGUCUGUUCGGCACCACGCUGAGCUUCGCCUCCAGUAUCCGCGGGAGGUGGCUGCUGGGGCGCAGCGGCUGCAGCUGGUACGGAUUCAUCAACUCCUGCUUCGGUAUUGUGUCGCUGAUCUCUCUGGUGAUCCUCUCCUACGACCGCUAUAGCACUCUAACCGUUUACAACAAGCGUGGGCCAAGCUACCGCAAGCCCCUGCUGGCUGUCGGGGGCUCUUGGCUGUACUCCUUGUUCUGGACAGUGCCCCCCCUACUGGGCUGGAGCAGCUAUGGCAUAGAGGGAGCAGGGACAAGCUGCUCUGUAUCAUGGACGGCUCAGUCAGCCCAGUCGCACGCCUACAUCAUCUGUCUCUUCACUUUCUGCUUGGGUAUACCCAUCCUGGUGAUGAUCUACUGCUAUGGUAGGCUGCUCUGGGCAGUCAAACAGGUGGGUAAGGUCCGGAAAUCUGCAGCCCGGAAGAGAGAGUACCACAUACUGUUCAUGGUUCUGACCACAGCUGCCUGCUACCUGUUGUGCUGGAUGCCUUACGGUGUGGUGGCCAUGAUGGCAACGUUCGGCCCACCCAACAUCAUUAGUCCUGUGGCCAGUGUGGUGCCGUCACUACUGGCCAAGAGCAGCACCGUCAUCAACCCUCUCAUUUAUAUACUCAUGAAUAAACAGUUCUACAGGUGUUUCCUGGUUCUGUUUCACUGUAAUCACUGGUCAGCGGAGAACGGCAACAUCUCGGUUCCCUCCAGGACUACGGUCAUCCAGCUUAACCGCAGAGUCUACAGCAACACGGUGGCCUGCGCCGCCCAGAUCUCCACCGCCCAGAUCUCCACCGACGCCUUCAACCACUGUUGCAGCACGUCGGCCACCAAGCAGACCACCCCACCCCCCGGGGUCAUGACCUGCCCCUGAAUAUUCUCAAUGUACUGACGCGUGAAUAGCUUACAAUGUUGACUACGUUGAACUGUGGACUCGGACAUGAUGCAUUUAGACAGUAAAUGUACUUUGGGUGAGCUUGUGUUGUACAAUACAGAUCUUUUGUGUUCACCCAGCUUGAGUUAUUGUGCACAUAAUUUUUUUAAAUCAUUUUUAUGAAAUUGCCAAUCCAUUUGUUUUCAUUAUUAUCUACUUAGCACAUUUUUGAAUCCAAUACAAACUGUGUAAAAAUGUUUUGGAAUCUGGAAAUAGUUUCUUAAAGCUUCCCAAAUACCUGGUGCAAGUUCACCACAAUAGGUAGAAGACUCCAAUUCACUAAAGAAUUUCUCAUUGCUAUAAUAAAAAAAAAUUGUGUGUUUUGUUUUUCAACCCAUUCUUUCUAAAAAAGCAAAAACCUUGUCUGUUCUUUGUCGUUCAGUCAAUUUGUCAUUGUGCUGCUGUAAAUACCAAGAAUAGUAAAUCACAGAUCUGUGCCGCAAUCAGUGUUUAAGUGGAUCGAUGUCAUUAAACUUCUGUCUGUUCUUCCUCUGUACUGCUCUGACUGUAAAUAUUCCUGAAUCCUAAAAGCUCUCACAUAAAGGCCUGUAUUUAUCUUUAAGCCUGUGUAUAAUAUAUUAAUGUUAUUAAAAUUAAUCAUUCUGGUCUGCAUGUAGCCAGUAA